GCAAUUAAGGCUGUGUAUUGCCGCGAUAACAAUUAUCUUGUUUACGAGGCAGUCGUGUUUAAUCAGCCCAUUGCACGGCAGCCAAUCGGAGGCUGUGCUCUUCCGUCAAUCGGCAAUUUUCCAUUUGAAUUUUUAAACGGCUUAAUUCAUAACAAUUAGUCCAUGCAGCGCCCCAUGGAAAAUUGCAAAAUACCAGAGGAUGAAAAAUCAGCGCGUUGGCAGAGAGAGAAUCUCAGAAUGAGGAUAGCGUAUGGGCGUGACGUCAUCGGUGUGCGCAAUUUUUCUAUAACGCAGUGCGGGUGAAUGGCUCUGCGUCAUCGAGAGAACGAGACAGACAAGAGAGAAAGAGCGGCAGAGAGAGAGAGAGCUAUAAAGAGACAGAGAGAGGGGCAGAAAGGAGAAAGAGAGACAGAGAGGAUAUUUUCCUUUUCACUCUGGCACACGAGACCGAGGCAAGUUGGCAUUUUCACAUUUCCCUCUUAAUGCAUCCGUGCGUCACUUGAUGAAACAUUUUCCUCCCUCUUGCACAACCUAGUUAACCGGUUCUUCGUUACAAGGAAAACGGGCGACAACCGUCCCACACCGCCCCGCUCGUCGGACCCCGUCCAGCCCAUAAUGCCCAUCGCCACGAGCCACGCCACCGUGUCCCUGCAGUCCCUCAUCACCAAUCCCUCCGUCAUGAACAUCCCCGGCGACGCCGACGACUACGAGUCCGCCUCGCCGGCCUCCUACCGCCGCAAACCGGCCUACACCUACCGUAGCCGCUUUUCCGAUGAGGAGGAGGAGCCGCGCGACGACUACCACCCGCACCCCCUCAUGGAACACCACCACCCCCACCCGGUGCACCGCAAACGCAAGUACGACGCCGCACCGUCGCCGCCACAGCACCACGCCCUGGCUACCAUGCUGGGGCCGGUGACCGCCCCGCGGCGCAGUUUCCUGGAGUUUGCCAUUAAGCCGCAGUGGACCACGUAUGACGAGGAGGAUGAUGAGCCGGAGAUGGAUGAUUCACAGCAGCCGCAUCAUUCGGACUCGGCGUCAUACUACCACGACGCACCGUCCCCCUCCUCGCAGAAACGCACGGCUUGGGGGCGUCCGCGCGGCCGGCGCACCAUCCAGGACAAGAUCGCCGAGCAGAACGCCCGUGCCGCCGAGAUCGAGCAGGAACUGCGGGCGGUGGGCGUCCCGGCCGUGCCCUCGCCCGGCCAGCCCAGCCCCAGUCUAGCCCGCCUGGGCAAGCCCGGGAGCGGGUCGGCCCGCAAGAAGACCGUCGCCGUGUCGGUCAUCCGGCGCUCGCCGGCCGUCGGCCUUCCUCUGUCAGCGCGCUCCUCCGCCUCCUCGGCGCUCUCGGACGACGGCUCCGUCAGCGUCAAGUACACCCCGCCCACCUUCAUCACGGAACCGUCCCUCCCCGCCGCCACCGCCCCCGCGGCGUAUUAUCCCCGCAUGAUGCUGGUGCCCGGGAUGAUGGUGCGGGUGGAACGGCCCGGCGGGGAACCGCUGUACAUUCCCCACAGCCUGGACCCCUCCGUGUACAAACACCACGCCAAUGACGUCGUUUCACACUCGAGGUCCCACGCCUACCCGCGCCUCUCGGGCCUCCCGGCCUCCCCCGCCGCCUCCAUCUCCCCGGAGCCGGCCGGCAGCGACCCGGGGCGGCCGCUGCGCGAGGAGCGCCUGUCCACCAAACUCAAACGCAUCCAAGCCAAAGCCGGCGCCCCCGCCGAAGAGAGCCCGCGCGGCUUUCUCAGCCAGAAGAUCGAGACGCUGAAACGCCGCGAAUCCAGUCUGCAACAGGAAUUCGAGGAGGUCAUCAACACGCCCAUCGGACCGCACGGCAUCAGUUCGGCGCAGGAACUCUUACAAGAACGCUACGACGAUGACGUGGAAAUAAAUAAUCAUCACAACGGCCGGGUGCUGUACCACAUGUUGAACGCCCCGGCGGUUGAUGCCGAACGCGCCUGGAAGAAGAAACGGCGCGGAUUGUAAUGCGGUUGAAUUGUGCGAUUUUUUCAAGUAUUUUCCGCGGUUGUUUGUGCGUCGUUAUUAUUCUCUCGGAAUCUAUCAUUCGGGUUGUUCAUUUUAUUAUUACUGUGGUGGUUUCUUUGUGUGUCAUAUGUUUUUGUUGGUCGUGUUUUGGGAGAGGCGAAUUUUUAUAUUAUAAAGAACGAUUGACAUGU